AUGCCCCCCCGCAAGAACGAGAGGUCUUUGAGAUCUCAGUCCGCCCGCCCACCAACCUCCCGUACCGGCGCACCCAACGAUGGAAGCCCUUUGCCGGCAACUACGCCGCCUGGUCCUACGAGCCGCGUCCCCUUCGGCUCCGUACCUGCCCCACCGUCCGGUCCGCUGGCCGCCGGGCCCUCCGGCGCUGCAGCGCCGGCAGCACAGGAGCUCGUUUCAGCGCUCACCCUCGCCCUUCGGGCUGCCUUCCCGGACCCGCCAGCCCGACGUGCUCGUGUCACCCAGAUGGCGCAGCCCAUCCCCGACGCCACGACUGACGAUGAUGAGGAGGACCUCAUCUUCCAUGGCUACCCCUCAAGCCAGGAUCCAGUCGGACGCUACCGCGCCCGAAUCCCCGAUGACUCGGAUCACAGUUCAAGUAGCAGUGGCGACUCCCCGCCCCGCCGGGACCCCCGCUACCCUCGCCACGUCAACCCUUCUCGUGCCCCUACUGGAAGUAGAGGCCAGAGGCUCUUCACAACCCGUGACCCCCCGACCCGUCGGGACUUCAGAAACGCCUUACUCUACGUCGACCGAGCGAGCCGACAGUCCCGAUUUUUCGGGACCUGUGACGUCGUUGAGCUACAGACGCUCGAGCUCUUCCUUCACGUCUGGGAUUCAGAUCCCCCCCUCCGACCUUCCGCCAAGCUACGUGUGUUCGACAGGGUCCGCCUCCUGUAUCACGUGGCCCUCACCGGCUGGCAAGCGGCCCUCCAAGGCUACGCCGACCCUACCGCCUCCUACCUUCUGGGAGCGCCGCUCCCCACUCCACAGGCCCCCCCCUCCAGCAUCCGACAGGCCCUCCAGGCAGCCCACCCGAGGCCGAGGCGCCGCCAACCGCGGCGGCCGACCAAGACAGCCCGCCAACCGCACUCGCGACGUCCCCGACGCCGCAGAGUAAAACAACGACGCCUCCAGCGCCGUGCAGUGAACUCUUCCCCCCGUUGCGACGGACCACUGCACCCCCCCUGA